GAAACCAACGGCUAGAAAUUUGCGCAAGAGGUCGUCAUGUUGCGUCGCUGCCAACUUCCCAUCCCACGCUCGAUUAUUCAUACCGCCACAGCCCGACACCCAAAAGCCGAACGCCGAAACCUCUCGCAUCCCACCUCGAGCAACGUAAAGAGGAAGAAGAAGCCUUCCUCGCGGUCGUUAGAUGCGGAUGUUGUGAGAUGGAACAAAACUAUCACGUACCACAUGCGCCAUGGCCGCUUCGACGCCGCCCGCCAACUGUUCGACCAAAUGCCCCGCCGCACUAUCGUCUCCUGGAAUACUAUGCUCUCCGGCUACCUCUCCAAUGACCAAUACUCAUCCGCCCUCUGGCUUUUUGACGCCAUGCCUCACCGCGACGAGGUCUCCUGGAACACCAUGAUCAAUGGCCACGUUCGGUAUGACAAGCUAGGUGCCGCCCGCAGAAUGUUCGAGCAAAUGCCGAUGAGAGAUAUCGUCUCCUGGAACACCAUGAUCUCCGCCUAUGCUCAGAGUGGUCAAGUCGAGCAGGCACAAGAGAUAUUUGACCGAGCCCCUGUGAAGGAUUCCGUCUCAUGGAACGGGAUUCUUGCUGCCUAUUUACAAAAUGGUCGUUUUGAGGCUGCUCAGGUGCUCUUUGAAUCGAACCCGUAUUGGGAUACGGUGUCCUGGAAUGCCAUGAUUGCUGGUUAUUUGCGGAGGAAUAGGUUGGUGGAUGCUCAGCAGCUUUUCGAUAGGUUGUUAGAGAAGGAUAUCGUUUCGUGGAACACAAUGAUAUCUGGUUACGCGCAGAAGGGAUACAUGAUGGAAGCAAGGCGUCUCUUUGGUGAAUCUCCCUAUAAAGAUGUGUUCACUUGGACGGCUAUGGUUUCAGGGUAUGCUCAGAAUGGGAUGUUAGAUGAGGCUAGAGUAAUGUUUGAUGAAAUGCCUGAAAGAAAUAUUGUAACUUGGAAUGCAAUUGUUGCGGCUUAUGUGCAGAACAAAAGGAUGGAUGAGGCAGAGGAGCUUUUCAAUGUAAUGCCAUGCAAGAAUAUCAGUUCCUGGAACACAAUGGUUACUGGUUACGCGCAAGUUGGGAUGAUUGAAAAAGCACGUAGCAUUUUUGAUAAGAUAAAUGAUAGAGAUCCUAUAUCUUGGUCUGCGAUGAUUGCUGGAUAUGCUCAGAGUGGUCACAGUGAAGAAGCACUGCAACUCUUUAUAGAGAUGGGGAGGAGUGGGGAGAGAAUGAAUCGAUCAUCAUUUACUUGUGCCUUCAGUACCUGUGCAGACAUUGCUGUGUUGGAAUGUGGAAUGCAAGUGCAUGGGAGGCUGGUCAAAGCAGGCUAUGGAUUGGGUUGUUUUGUUGGGAACGCACUACUGUCAAUGUACUUUAAAUGUGGGAACAUAGAUGAAGCAUAUAAAGCAUACGAGGAGAUUUCUCAGAAGGAUGUCGUCACUUGGAACACCAUGAUUGUUGGUUAUGCUCGGCAUGGGUUUGGGGAUAAAGCAUUGGAAUCAUUUGAUUUGAUGAGAACAACAGAGAUGAAGCCGGAUAACGUUACUUUGGUUGGAGUCCUAUCUGCAUGCAGCCAUGCUGGGCUGAUAAAUAAAGGCAUUGAUUUCUUCUAUUCAAUGCAUCAAGAUUUUGGUAUAAAACCAAAAGCAGAGCAUUACACCUGCAUGAUUGACCUUCUGGGACGAGCAGGACGCCUAGCAGAAGCUCAGGCUCUGAUAAAAGAUCUACCAUUUGAACCGGACGCAACAAUGUGGGGUGCUCUGCUUGGUGCGAGUAGGAUCCAUCGGCAUACUGAGUUAGGAAGGAAAGCAGCUGAAAAGAUUUUUGAAAUGGAACCUAAUAAUGCUGGAAUGUACGUCCUUCUAUCAAACCUUUAUGCGUCAUCUGGUAGCUGGGCUGAGGCAAGCAAACUUAGAGCGAUGAUGCAAGAUAGAGGUGUAAGAAAGGUUCCUGGCUUCAGUUGGAUCGAAGUGGAUAACAGAGUUCAUACUUUCUCAGUUGGGGACAAUUUACAUCCAGAGAAGGCGAAGAUUUAUGCUUUCUUAGAGGAACUAGAUAUGAAAAUGAAGAAGGCUGGUUACGUUUCGGCAACCAAUUUGGUUCUGCAUGAUGUAGAAGAGGAAGAAAAGGAGCAAAUGUUGAAGUUUCACAGCGAAAAGCUUGCUGUUGCUUAUGGCAUAUUGCGUCUGACCCCUGGAAGGCCAGUACGGGUGAUUAAAAACCUUAGGAUUUGCGAAGAUUGCCACGAUGCAAUCAAAUACAUAUCAUUAAUUGAGAACAGGUUGAUAAUUCUGCGUGAUUCUAAUCGUUUUCACCAUUUUAGUUGCGGCUCAUGUUCAUGCAGAGAUUACUGGUAAAUGUCUAUAAUGCACAGCUUAUAAAGAUUCACUGUUACGUACAGCUUCUUGAGGAGGCACUUCAAUGAAGAAUAUAAUCUUACCGAGUGCAAAUGAACGCACUUUCUUAGUGAUCUUCUCAAGAUUACAGCUUUUUCAUCGAAAUAUAUAACUGCAUAAGCCAUCCACGGCUUGCCUGAUCAGCCCCAGCUGGUCUGCCUUCCCAAAUCAAAUGGCCAGCCACGAAAAUUGCUACACUAGUCAACUUGCAGGUAAACCUCUAGGUCUCCGCACCCUCUUACCUUGCUCUUUAUUCUGUCAUCCAGACCUCAGUUGACUCAGAUAUGUUAUCAUUCACUAGAAAGGAAGGCGCUUUGCCCUUUGCCUUUUACUGAAUAAUUUUCCAUCUAUAGUAAACAUAUUCUAAUUAUUUGUACGAAAUUGCGUUGGUAAUGGAUGUGCUUAUCAACUUAUGUAUCAAUUUUAUUAAAAUUAUAGAGUGAUUAUUUUGUAUAA